AUGUUUUUAGGAUUUGAUGACAUCACCGAUAAAAUGAUAGAAUCGAUGGUUUUGUUGCAAUCCUUCUCGAGCCUAACUCUAUCGCGAACUAUGCGUAAAGAAUACACUAUUAUCCACACAUUUGACGAUCUGUUAGAAAGGGAUGAUAUAUUGCCAUUCAUUUACAUGAGUGAAGUGGAUAUCAGAAAAAUUGAAGCAAAUGGAGAACCAAAUGAAAAGGCAAUAAUACGUAAAAGUAAAUCCAAUAAUGACUUUGAAACCGAUACCCAAUUACUCAAUUUGGCGAAGAAUGCACUGAUUGUUAAGUCUAAGAUUAGGACCCAUUGUAUUAUCGGUGAUCUCCAUACCCUGACCCUAUUGAAAGGGGACGACCCUAACCUCUUCUUCGGCUCAGAAGUCAAUACGAAUCGAUACAGCAGUUUAUACUUCAGUAGACAUAUCGACAAUAUUUUGUUUGACACAACAGAGAGAAUAAUGUAUGACAUCACUGAGAAGGGAUUGCGUGCCAAAUGGACUUCAGUGGCCCUGGAAUUUGGUUGGAAAUUCUAUCAAGUACCGAAUGGGAAUGAGGAUCGCAAUGACCACCGGAUAUGCCAUUUGGACGUAAGGCCAGACAGAAAAGGCAAAGAAACAGAGAACUGCCGACUGAAUGAUCUGAAUCAUUGUGAACGCGUGGAUCAGUUUCUGUGGGCACCGGCGUAUAGUAACAUUCUUUCGACAAAAGAGUUGCCUCGAAGUGAGGCAAUGGCACAGUAG